AUGUCCUCCCACCAAUCCUACACCAUCGCCGCCGACUCGGACGACGAAGGCGACGACCUCGUCGCGCACUCCUCCGCGAACCUCCACAACCACACCAGUGGUCAUUCCGAAGGGCUGCUCCCUCUUCCGGCCACGACACCGAGUUCCAACAAGGGGAAGGGGAGGGCUGCCUCGCUCUCACCGGAUCCGAAUGCGUUGAGUGGCAGGAUUGGGAGCAGUCCUGGUGGGGUCGGGGAGAGGACUACGAGGAGUACGGUUGGGGGCGUCAAGACGGAGACGAGGUCGGUCACAGGUCGGGUUCAGACCUGGAGCGGAGUGCAGACUGGUGGGGGGGAAGGGGGGCUGACUGAAUCACUCGCUCCCAACAGGUACACGGGUCAAGACACGUUGGAUGAACCCGUAUCAGAGACUAUCGUCAGUCAUAGCACAAACUUACUCCAGGCAAGACACACAGCUGAACCUCGCGUUUGACCCGACGCGCAGAUGCGGGACCUGCGAGCGAUCGGCACCAAGAUCGUGCAAGUCUUGCACCCGACGAGCGAGAACGCCGUCUUGAAGGACUGGGACCUCUGGGGGCCUUUGAUGGCAAGUCAUCAACGUUCUCGAGGCAAGCAUCUCUCGUGCUAAUCAAGCGGAAUUCGACGACAUGCUUCCUUCCCAGUUCUGCCUCUCGCUCGCUAUCCUGCUCUCGACAAAUGGUGAGCGUUCGCGCCAAUCAAUCCGAGACGAGACCCAGCAGAACGGCAGCUGAUAUGUCGGACUCUCGCGUUCCCCGCAGCGCCCUCGGAACAAUCCCUGGCCAUCUUCACCGGCGUCUUCGUCAUCGUCUGGCUCGGCUCGGUCGUCGUGACCCUCAACGCCAAGCUCCUCGGCGGCAAAGUGUACGUUCUCACCACCCCACCUCCCCAACUUCCCACCUCAAACACCCUUGGAAUCUCACCCGCAUCUCUUUAACCCCACAGCUCCUUCUUCCAGUCCCUUUGCGUCUUGGGCUACUGCGUCUUUCCCAUCGAUAUCGCCGCCAUCGUCUCCGUCUUCAUCAAAGUCCUUUGGAUCCGGUUACCCAUCUGUCUCGCUGCGUUCGGAUGGUCCAUCUGGGGUAAGCACCGAAAACACUCUUACAAAACCCACUUCGUCCACUCGAAAAAAAAGUAUCCUAAACUAACCCUUGACCCCCUUUGCACAUCUGCACCCAAAAGCCGCCGUCAAUUUCCUCGGCGGCACGCGCCUCGAAAAGGACCGCGCCGUCUUGGCCAUCUAUCCCUUGGUCCUCCUCUUCUUCCUGUUGGCUUGGAUGGUCAUGCUUUCUUAG